CUGAGCUUUAGUAUUUUGUGCUUGUCCAGCUUUGUUCAGUAACGCCAUUACAACAAACUGCCAAGAUGUCAGGUGUUCUGGAUGUCCCUAAACCAAGAAUCAACUGCUCCAUGCUGUCACAGCAUAUUAACAGAGCGGUGUGCUUCGUUGGUCGUGUUGAAAAGGUACACCCAACCGGGAAAACCUUCACUGUGGCGGAUGGAGAAGGAAAGAUAGCAACGGUUGAACUUAAUGAACCUCUUGAAGAAGAGCUGAGCGGCAUUGUGGAGCUCAUUGGUAUGGUGUCCAACAAAGGGACAAUAAUGGCCACAACAUACAACAUGCUACAAGAGGACAAGGGCAUUCCUUUUGAGUUAGAGCUGUAUAAUGAAGCUCUGAAAGUCAUCCAUGAUUUCCCUCAGCAUUACCCUUUUGACGUGGCUGCAAGCGGAUGAGCACUCACCGUGUCAACAUGUUCUCAGUUCAUCAUGGAAAAUUGUUGGUUUGUUUGUUUUCUUUCUGUGACCAGUUUUUGUUGUAAAAGUUUUGUACAAAGUAAUAUCAAGAAAGUUUUGGCAAUAAAUUUAA